AGUUAAAUUCCCCUCUUCAUAUGGAACCUGCAGCUCUUCAGGUUCGAAUCCACAUCUCCAUUGGAGCACUCGCAAUGUUUCUUCUCAAGGCAUGGAGAUUCUCAGCUUUUGGGGUCUAUGGCUACCUCAACUUCACCAAAUCUGCAUUCAUUGAACAUUCUAAGAAGUUCAAACCAGAGGACAUGCAAACGAACAUUGAAGGGAAAAAUUGCAUUGUUACUGGGGCGAAUUCUGGGAUUGGAUAUGCAACUGCAGAGGGUUUAGCAUCACGUGGAGCUACUGUCUACAUGGUAUGCCGCAACAAGGAAAGAGGAGAAGCUGCUCUUUCUGAGAUAAAGUCUAAAACAGGAAACCAAAAUGUUCAUUUGGAGGUCUGUGAUCUUUCCUCAAUCCGUGACAUCAAGUCAUUUUCCACAAAGUUUAUUUCAAAGAAUGUCCCAGUCCAUGUUUUGGUUAACAAUGCUGGGUUGAUUGAGAAAAACCGAGUUACGACGUCUGAAGGGUUCGAAUUGAACUUUGCUGUGAAUGUUUUAGGCACUUAUGCAAUGACUGAAUCAAUGUUGCCAUUGCUGGAGAAAGCUGCACCUGAUGGAAAGGUCAUCACAGUUUCUUCUGGUGGAAUGUAUUCAGUUCCUUUAACCAAUGAUCUGCAGUUUAGUGAAGACGAAUUUGAUGGGGUCAAACAGUAUGCAUUUAACAAACGAGUUCAGGUGGCUUUAACAGAGAAAUGGGCAGAGAUGUACUCUAACAAAGGUAUUGGAUUCUACUCGAUGCACCCCGGUUGGGCCGAAACACCUGGAGUGACUAAAUCUUUACCAAGUUUCUCUAAAUCGCUCUCGGGGAAGCUAAGAACGAGCGAGGAAGGGGCCGAUACACUUAUUUGGUUGGCUUUACAGCCAAAAGAGAAGUUGGUACCUGGAGCAUUCUACUUUGAUAGAAGUGAAGCGCCAAAGCAUUUAGCUUUUGCUGCUACAAAGUCUUCUCAUACAGCAAUUGGCUCUAUAUAUGAUCAUCUUCGAUCUUUGUCUGGUUUGGCUCAAUAAUCCAGAUGAGUGUCGACUCAUCUUUGGAACUUGUAAUUGUUGGGAUAACUGAAAGGAUAUUGCUUGUUAGAAUAUAUGUACUUUAUCAAAUAUGUAUCUCAGAGCUAAGAAGGGAUAUAGUUGAUCGACGUAACUCAUCAAGUGAAGCAAUAAGGAUUAUAUCAACCA